AUGGCGGCGGUCGCCAAUCAACAGCCGCAACACCAGCAUCCGCCGCCGCAGCAUCAAAGUCCCAGYCCGAGCCAAUCGCAGCACCACCAGCAGGCCGCGCCGUCGGGCCAUAAUCGUAACCACAGCCAUGGUAAUGCUGCGGCGCGCAACUCUCCGGCAUCGACCGUGGACUACCCUCGGGAUGCCUCUGCUUCGGCCUCGGAGACGUCAAUAGCAGCCCCGCCACCACCUCCCACGUCCGCACCUGCACCCAAAGGGAAAGCGCGGGGGAAAAAGGGCGGCAACAACUCGAUCGAUGCGAAUGAUGCUCAGAAGGCGUUGCUGGCCAAGAUUGCAUCUCUCGAGGCGAGCAACACCGAAAGUGCCCACGAGAGCGCCGAGAUUGAAGCAGAGGUGAAAAAGGCGAAUCGCGACCUAUCGCAGCUACUCAACACGCUGGAGCCGCAUAAUAGCAAACUGGACACUCUCCAGCGCAAAUACUCGGAGCUGCUGGCAGAAAUGAAGCGCACGGAGCGGGAGCACGUCAAGGCGAAGAAGAGGGGAGACCAGCUGCAAAAGGAAAAGGAGGAGAUCAGCAAGGACCGCACUCGCGAGCGAGGGAUGAAGGAGAAGAUGGAGAAGCUCAGUCGCGAGCUGCAACGGGAGAACAAGAAGCUCAAGGACGACAUGYGCGACUUGAGGGAGAAUUCUGCCAACCGCAAUGAUGAGCUGCACCAAAAGCUGGAGGAUCUGGUAUUGGACGUGGAGGAGGUAGUGUCCGAUCGACGAUCACCCGAACGACAAACGGCAGAGUUGGAGCAGGACAAGCUGUUCCGGGAGAAGUUCACAUCCUUCCUCCAUCAGUACGAGCUACGGGAACUGCACUUUCAAUCGCUCCUGCGCACCAAAGAUCUUGAGAUUGCAUAUCAGACUGCGCGGCACGACCAGCUGAAGAAGGCACAAGAGAGUGAGCUGUCCAAAAGCCACCAGCUGACAAGACAGGUGAGCACUUUCAGCCAGACGGAGAACGAGCUUAGAGGGCAACUAAACGUCUACGUGGAAAAGUUUAAGCAGGUAGAAGACACCCUUAAUAACUCAAAUGAUUUGUUUCUUACGUUCCGCAAGGAGAUGGAAGAAAUGUCCAAGAAGACAAAGCGCCUGGAAAAGGAAAACAUGAACCUCAACCGAAAGCAAGAGGCUACAAAUAAAAAUAUCUUUCAAAUGGCCGAGGAGCGGAGUCAAUCUCAGCAAAACAUCGACCGCCUGUCUCGGGAGAAUGAGAAGCUCAAAAAGCUUUGUCGGGCGAUGCAAACCGGCGGGUACGGAAGUGCAGCGCCCGCACGCACACUAUCCCCAGCUCACAAUGGCCAUACCAUUGCGACUUUCGAUACCACCGAGAGCGAGUACGAGGAUGAAGACGAGGAGUAUGAUGAGGACGAGGAAGGAGAGGAGUACGACGAUGACACCGAAGAGGAGGGACUGGACGUUCAACCUAGAACGUAUGGGCCACCACCUCCGCCUCCGCCACAGACUCAUGGAAGGGACCCGCAACCGCAACUCCCUCCGAUGCAAGUCAAUGGGACAGCGGUGAAUGUUAAUGGCUCAAGGCACUGA